AUGGUGACACUUAAAGCGGAACUCUGGGAAACUCUGCAGGGUUUAAAAGAAGAUGAGUUCAAGGAUUUCAAGUGGAUCCUGGAGCAGGAUAACAUCCUGUUGGGUUUUGAAGGCAUCCCAGUGGCUAAGCUGGAGAAUGCAGCAAGGCGGGACACAGUGGAUCUGAUGGUAAAGGCACACCAGGAUCAUGGAGCUUUGCUGCUAACUAAGAAGAUUUUAGAAAAGAUCAGAAGGAAUGAUCUGGUGCAGCGUUUACAAAACUUCCAACUAGGACCAAAAGGAGCAGUGGGCAGUGGCACUGACAGAGGUAUCAACCCUAACACAGAUGUUUCUGAUGGUGGGAGUAGACCAGAGCAACCAGCAGAAACCAGUGCUAACACGGAGGAAACAUCUAAACUCAUCACAGAGACGACCGGGGACAACAAGGGUUCAAACCCAGGACCUUCUAGCUGUGAGGCAACAGUGCCAAACACUGAGACACCUCAAUGCUCACACACUGAAAGUGUUCUGCAGGAUGUUUUAGAUGGACAUCAGACCACUCUGAACAGGAAAUAUCAACAUGCGGAUGAGGAAACUGAUGAAGCAGGAAAUAGACUCCUCUUUGAUGAUAGCUACACUGAGGUCUACAUCACAGAGGGACAGAGUAAAGAGGUUAAUACCCAACAUGAGGUGAGGCAGCUUGAAACAGCUUCCAAGAAGAAGACCCUCCAUGACACUCUAAUCAAGUGUCAGUACAUCUUUAAAGUCUUACCUGAACAAAAGAAACGCAUCAUCAAAGUGGUUCUGAUGAACGGCGUCGCUGGCAUUGGAAAAACCUUCACAGUGCAGAAGUUCACUCUGGACUGGGCACAGCGCUCCAACAACCAAGAUAUCAGUCUGCUGAUUCCACUUCCGUUCAGGGAGCUGAACGUGAUCAAAGAUGAGCAGUACAGUCUGCUCAUGCUGAUCUGUCAUUUCUAUCCAUCAUUACAGAAGCUCACAGCAGAGAAGCUCGCUGUCUGUAAAGUUCUGUUCAUCUUUGACGGCCUGGAUGAAAGCAGACUUUCACUGGAUUUCAACAACAGUGAAGUCGUGUCUGAUGUCACACAGAAGUCAUCAGUCAGCGUGCUGUUGACAAACCUCAUCGAGGGGAAGCUGCUUCCCUCGGCUCUCAUCUGGAUAACUACCCGACCUGCAGCAGCCAAUCAGAUCCCUCUGACAUGUGUGGACAGGAUAACAGAAGUACGAGGCUUCACUGACCCCCAGAAGGAGGAGUACUUCAAGAAGAAAUUCAGUGAUAAAGAGCAGUCCAGCACAAUCAUCUCACACAUCAAGACAUCCAGGAGCCUCCACAUCAUGUGUUACAUCCCAGUCUUCUGCUGGAUCACUGCUACAGUUCUGGAGGACAUGUUGACUCCAGACCAGAGAGGAGAGCUACCCAAGACCCUGACUGAAAUGUACUCACACUUCCUGGUGGUUCAGACAAAGAUGAAAAGGCAAAAGUAUGAAGCACACAAGACAAAGAGGAAGAAGUAUGAUGAGAAGCUGACGAAGGCUGACAGGAACCUUCUUCUGAAGCUGGGGAGGCUGGCGUUUGAACAACUGGAGAAAGGAAACAUCAUGUUCUACCAAGAAGACCUGGAGCAGUGUGGUCUUGAAGUCACAGAGGCCUCUGUGUUAUCAGGAUUUUGUACAGAGAUCUUCAAAAGAGAGAAACUCCAGAAGAAAUCAGUCUACAGCUUUGUUCAUCUGAGUGUUCAGGAGUUUCUGGCUGCAGUCUACAUGUACCACUGUUACACCAACAGGAAGAGAAAGGUAGUCGAGGACUUCCUGGGAGAAGACUACAGUUACUCAGUCUUUCAAUUUCACGUUGGAAAACUGGAUAAUGAGGGCCGUGAUUAUAGAGAUGAUAACUAUCACCCAUCUCUGGAUGACUUCCUGAAGAGUGCCAUGGAGAAAUCUCUCAGAAGUAAAAAUGGCCACCUGGACCUGUUUGUCCGCUUCCUUCAUGGCCUCUCUCUGGAGUCCAACCAGAGUCUCUUAGGAGGCCUGCUGGGUCAGACAAAGAACAGUCCAGAAACCAUCCAGAGAGCCAUCAACAACCUGAAGGAGAUGAACAGUUGGUCUGUCUCUCCUGACAGAAGCAUCAACAUUUUCCACUGUCUGCUGGAGAUGAACGACCGCUCAGUACAUCAGGAGAUCCAAGAGUUCCUGAAGUCAGAGAACAGAUCAGAGAAGAAACUCUCUGAGAUCCAUUGCUCAGCUCUGUCCUACAUGCUGCAGAUGUCAGAGGAGGUUCUGGAUGAGUUGGACCUGGAGAAGUACAACACAUCAGAUGAGGGACGACGGAGACUGAUCCCAGCUGUGAGGAACUGCAGAAAGGCUCUACUUUCUGACUGUAAACUCUCAGAGACUCACUGUGAAGUUUUGGCCUCAGCUCUAAAGUCCAACCCUCAUCUGACAGAGCUGGACCUGAGUAACAACGAACUGUCUGAUUCAUCAGUGAAGCGUCUGUCUGCUGUACUGGAGAGUCCAAACUGUAGACUGAAGACUCUGAGAUUGCGGUGCUGCAGUUUGUCAGAGAUCAGCUGUGCUUCUCUGGUCUCAGCUCUGAAGUCCAACCCCUCCCAUCUGAGAGAUCUGGAUCUGAGUGGAAACAACCUGAAGGAUUCAGGACUGGAGCAGCUGUGUGGUUUUCUGAAGAGUCCAGACUGUAAACUAGAGGCUCUGAGAUUGCGGUGCUGCAGUUUGUCAGAGAUCAGCUGUGCUUCUCUGGUCUCAGCUCUGAAGUCCAACUCCUCCCAUCUGAGAGAUCUGGAUCUGAGUCUCAAUGACCUCAAGGAUUCAGGAUUGAAGCAGCUGUGUGGUUUUCUGAAGAGACCAGACUGUAAACUGGAGACUCUGAGAUUGGAGAACUGCAGUUUAUCAGAGAUCAGCUGUGCUUCUCUGGUCUCAGCUCUGAAGUCCAACUCCUCCCAUCUGAGAGAGCUGAAUCUGAGUGACAACAACCUGAAGGAUUCAGGACUGAAGCAGCUGUGUGGUUUUCUGGAGAAUCCAGACUGUAAACUGGAGACUCUGAGCUUACGGUACUGCAGUUUAUCAGAGAUCAGCUGUGCUUCUCUGGUCUCAGCUCUGAAGGCCAACCCCUCCCAUCUGAGAUAUCUGGAUCUGAGUCUCAACAACCUGAAGGAUUCAGGACUGAAGCUGCUGUGUGAUUUUCUGAAUAGUCCGGACUGUAAACUGGAGUCUCUGAGAUUGCGGUGCUGCAGUUUGUCAAAGACCAGCUGUGCUUCUCUGGUGUCAGCUCUGAAGUCCAACCCCUCCCAUCUGAGAGAGCUGAAUCUGAGUCUCAACGACCUACAGGAUUCAGAUGUGAAGCUGCUGUGUGAUUCUCUGAAGAGUCCAGACUGCAAACUGGAGUCUCUGGGAUUGUUGGGCUGCAGUUUAUCAGAGAUCAGCUGUGCUUCUCUGGUCUCAGCUCUGAAGUCCAACCCCUCCCAUCUGAGAAAGCUGGAUCUAACUCGCAACAAGCUGAAGGAUUCAGACGUGGAGCUGCUGUGUGAUUUUCUGAAGAGUCCAGACUGUAAACUGGAGACUCUGGGAUUGUUGGGCUGCAGGUUAUCAGAGAUCAGCUGUGCUUCUCUGGGCUCAGCUCUGAAGUCCAACCCCUCCCAUCUGAGAGAGCUGGAUCUGAGCUGGAACGAGCUGAAGGAUUCAGGACUGGAGCAGCUGUGUGGUUUUCUGGAGAGUCCAGACUGUAAACUGGAGACUCUGAUAUUGGAGCGCUGCAGGUUGUCAGAGAUCAGCUGUGCUUCUCUGGGCUCAGCUCUGAAGUCCAACCCCUCCCAUCUGAGAGAGCUGGAUCUGAGAGGAAACAACCUGAAGGAUUCAGGACUGAAGCAGCUGUGUGAUUUUCUGAAGAAUCCAGACUGUAAACUGGAGACUCUGAGAUUGUUGGGCUGCAGUUUGUCAGAGAUCAGCUGUGCUUCUCUGGGCUCAGCUCUGAAGUCCAACUCCUCCCAUCUGAGAGAGCUGAAUCUGAGAGGAAACGACCUGAAGGAUUCAGGACUGAAGCAGCUGUGUGGUUUUCUGAAGAAUCCAGACUGUAAACUGGAGACUCUGAUAUUGAUGAGCUGCAGUUUGUCAGAGAUCAGCUGUGAUUAUCUGGCCUCAGCUCUGAAGUCCAACCCCUCCCAUCUGAGAGAGCUGGAUCUGAGUCUCAACGACCUGAAGGAUUCAGACGUGAAGCAGCUGCGUGAUCUUCAGCAGAGUCCAGACUGCAGACUGGAGACUCUGAGAUGGAGGUUGUGAUCUCUGUCAGAGUGAGAGUGAACAUCGAGGAGUGUUGAGAGAGGAUCAGCUGGAUCCUGAUGAUCCAUCUGGAGUCUGGAUCUGGAUUUUGUCAUCUUCACUUAAGUCUCUUAACUGACUACAAACUGAACAGUUAUCUCUGGAUUUAGCUGAAGUCAGCACUUUACAGAUUUGUUCUACAUGAGCUGUUUGAUGCAGAAAAGAUAAAAACAGGUGUUAUAAGUCAGACUGUGAGCCUGGGCUCAUAUUUAUCAAGCGUCUAAGAAUCACACUGAGAGUUAACGAGGACUAAAACUAAUGAAUGAAGCAGAAGAGAAUUGACUGUGACUUUCAGCAGGAGAAGGAUUACUGCUGGGAGAGAGUGAGACGUGGCUGUUUUACCACAGUCAGAGCAGCAGAGUAGAGGGUCAGGACAUUUCUGAGCUGGUUUUAUGUUUAGAUCCAAAGCUGAAAACAUGCUGAACAAUGUGUUAGA